AUGGCGCUCUUGUCGCUUCAACUGAAUACUGUGCUUGACGGGCUCUCCGAGACCGGCUACGCGGAGGCUGUCCAGCCCUAUCGUCUCAAGGUUGCCCAGAAUGCAGGAACCCUCGAUGCCAUCGCAACGAGGGGCCAUGUCCACCCCCGGGAUCGAGUCGCAUCCGUGGCGGACGCCGCAGAAGCUCUCCUGGACGGCGUGUCCCGCCCCUCGCAGAACCCGGCAGAGCACCGAUCCCUCGUGGAACAGAACUGGUCGACGCUGUGCUGGCUCCCCGCGGGAUGCAUCAUCAGCCCUCGCACCGUCCCCGAGGCGGCUCUCGCCUUGCGCCUCGUCACCUACUUCCGGGCCUCCUUUUCCGUCCGCAGCAACGGCCAUCUCGCCGAGCCGGGCUUCAGCAGCGUCGGCGCGUCGGGCGUGCUGCUCGAUCUGGGGCAUCUCAACCAGAUCCAGCUGUCGGACCGGCGGGACACGGUGCGCGUCGGCCCCGGGGCGACUUGGGACGCCGUGUACGGGGCGCUCGAGACGCACGAGCUCACGGCCGUCGGCGGGCGCAUCAAGGGCGUCGGCGUCGCGGGCCUGAUCCUCGGCGGGGGCAUGUCGCACUUUUCCAACGCCUGGGGCCUGGCCUGCGACGCUGUCCGCAACCUUGAGGUCCUGGUUGCGGACUGCACCGUUAUUCAGGCAAAUGCAAACACAAACGCGGAUUUGUUCUGGGCUCUCAAAGGCGGCGGACCAAACUUUGGCAUCGUCACCAGAUUCGAUCUGGAGACCUACCCAGACUACAAGAUAUGGGUGUCCACGAGGACCUUUGCGGCCGAGCAGGUUCCAAGAGUCAUGCAGGCCAUGACAAUGUACCAGGAGACCAUGGAACACGAUGAGAACCUGGGCUUCAACGCCGUCGUCCUCCCCGGCUUCGUCUCCACGGCGGUGAUGCAUCGUGGCCACCUCGAGGAAGCACAUGCAGCGUCCAAGAUUUUCGACGGCAUCGAGGCCGUCGCGGCCCCACCGCCGGAAAACACCACGCAGGCUCGUCUUUGCGCGAAGCUGUGCGAGGAUUAUAAACUGGACGGCAAGGCCAAGCGGCGCCUCGGCACGCUCUCCCUCGAGCCAGACGCGGGCGCCUACACAGACUUUUACAAUUUACUCUGCGAAGCCCACGAAAAGCAAGACUUUCACCUGCAUUCCGUGCUCCAGCCUCUGGGCAAGGCGGCGGUUCAGCAGGGGCGACGGCGCGGCGGCAAUUGCAUGAACAUCCGCGAGGUACCACAAACAUGGGCCGUUGUCAUGGCCGAAUGGACGGACCAGCCUCACGACGAGGCGGUGCAGUCGACCGUGGACAAGCUCAGGGGCCAGUUCGAGGACGCGGCCAAGCGGCGCGGACGGGGGCUGGAGUUUCUGUUCAUGAACGAUGCCUGUGCCUACCAGGACCCUCUCCGCUCGUACGGCGCAGAAGCAGUUGACGGGCUGUGGGCUGUGAGCCGAAAGUAUGACCCCGGCGGUGUGUUUCAGGAGUUGCAGAAUGACGGGUUUCUGCUUUCCAAGACGGCGACACGUUGA